AGGAGAGCAAGGUACAAGGGAGGGUACGUGGAAAAGAGGGCAAAAAGGGGAAAUAGAAAGUGAAGAAUUUUGGAGUCAGAAUCUCAGAUCUGGAGCCGACCGUAAAGAUAAUCUCAUUACCAAGGAAUGUGAAGUUCAGAGUCUGCCAGUGACUGGCUCGAGGGCAUACAAAACGGCACAACCCGAGCUGCCUGAGCCAAGCUUUCCUGACUCAGUUCAGUUCAUUAUUUCCUGAAAAUGUCAGAGAAGUUCUGGUGAGACUAGGGGAAAGUAGAGGCGCGGCCCCUGCGCUCGGGAAGUUCUCGAAGGAGAGAACCAGGGUCUAGAGGAGAAGUCAGAAAAGAAAGGAGUGAAGCAGGGACGAAGAGAAAGGGAGGAAUUAAAAUAGAAAUGAGGAUGUGCACGUCGAACUCGUGCACAUUCUCUCCCCGGAGACUUAGCUCUUGUUGUACCCUUUGCCUGGCAGGCUCACUUAGAUGUCUACUCCAGCUCAAGUUUCUGCUUGAAGAAAACUUCUCAGACCACCCAAGGUGGUCAUCACUCCAUCAGUCUCUUCGUUGCUAUUUUAUAUAUGAAAGCACUUACCACCAACUGACAUGUGAAUCCAGGUAUCCUUAUCCUGGUGUAUGAUUCAUGAGUGGACUUAAGGAAGUCUGUGAACCUCCUGAAAUAUUAAGUAAAAUCUAGUGGAUCCCUUAUAUUUCAUGGCAGGAGGGGUGGGUAAAUUUAGAGAUAGUGAAGACAACAAAUUAAUCAAGAGCUUUCCUCGUGUCUCAGAACCUGUCAUCAGUAAGAAUGUCAGAUAGGGUUGACUGGCUACAAAGCCAAAAUGGAGUAUGCAAAGUUGAUGUUUAUACUCCUGGAGACAGCCAAGCCCAAGACUGGAAAAUGUCGGAUGAAUCCUUGUCUAUUUUUAAGGAAGCCUCAACUGAUCCUAUCAGAGUGCUCAGCUGGCUCCGCAGAGACCUGGAAAAAAGUACAGCAGGGUUCCAAGAUGUUAGGUUCAAGCCUGGAGAAUCCUCACUUGGCGGGGAAAUGAGCAACCCAGGAGGAGACCCCCGCAGUGGUUUUUCUGUGGACUAUUACAAUACCACCACCAAGGGCAGUCCAGGAAGAUUGCAUUUUGAGAUGAUGCACAGAGAAAACCCUGUCCAGGGCCCCAGUGUCCCACUUGGUAAUGGGAGUUCAGUAGAUGAAGUUUCCUUCUAUGCUAAUCGCCUCACAAAUCUAGUCAUAGCCAUGGCCCGCAAGGAGAUCAAUGAGAGGAUAGAUGGCUCUGAAAACAAAUGUGUCCACCAGUCAUUGUACAUAGGAGAUGAGCCCAUACCCAACAAAAGCUUGAGUAAGGUGGCAUCAGAUCUGGUGAACAAGACAGUCUCUGCAUGUUCCAAGAAUGCUACCUCAGAUAAGACUCCUGGCUCUGGUGACAGAGCCUCAGGAUUAUUACAGAGUCCCCCACAUUUGAAAUAUAAGACCACUCUGAAGAUGAAGGAGAGCACCAAAGAAAGCAAGGGUCCAGAUGACAAGCCUGCUUCUAAGAAGUCUUUCUUCUAUAAGGAGGUGUUUGAAUCUCGUAACGCAGGUGAUGCCAAAGAGGGUGGAAGGUUAUCUGGGGAGAGGAAGAUGUUCAGAGGGCAAGAAAGGCCUGAUGACUUUACAGCUUCUGUUAGUCAAGGGAUAAUGACCUAUGCUAACAGUGUGGUAUCUGAUAUGAUGGUUUCCAUCAUGAAGACACUGAAGAUCCAAGUGAAGGACACAACUAUUGCCACCAUCCUGCUAAAGAAGGUACUGCUCAAGCAUGCAAAAGAGGUCGUCUCAGAUCUCAUUGACUCCUUCAUGAAGAACCUCCACAGUGUCACAGGGACCCUCAUGACUGAUUCAGAUUUUGUCUCAGCUGUGAAAAGAAGUUUAUUCUCUCACGGAAGCCAGAAGGCCACAGAUAUCAUGGAUGCCAUGCUGGGUAAGCUAUACACCGUGAUGUUUGCAAAGAAACCUCCAGAAAUUAUCAGGAAAACCAAAGACAAGUCUGAGAGUUACUCCCUUGUCUCCAUGAAAGGAAUGGGUGACCCUAAAAAACAAAAUGUGAACUUUGCAUCAAUGAAAUCUGAAGGUAAAUUGAGGGAAAAAAUGUACUCUCCCGCAUCCAAACCAGAAAAGAAGACUUGUGCCGAAACUCUGGGUGAACACAUUAUCAAAGAGGGAUUGAGCUUUUGGCAUAAAAAUCAGCAAAAAGAAGGAAAAUCUCCGGGUUUCCAACAGGCAACAUUUGCAGCUCCCAACAAACAGUAUAAGCCUGUACCAGACAUUCCCCUGGGAUAUCCUCUGGAUACUUGCAACCUCAGCCCCCCUAUGCAAUGCCGAGAGAAACCUGAGAAUUUUAUGUGUGAUUCAGACUCCUUGGCCAAGGACCUGAUCGUAUCAGCCUUACUUCUGAUUCAGUACCACCUGGCACAGGGAGGAAGCAUGGAUGCACAGAGCUUCCUUGAAGCUGCUGGCAGCACCAACCUGCCUGCCAACAAGUCCCCUGAGGUUCCUGAUGAGUCCAGCCUUAAGUCUCCUCAUAUGGGAGGUGACCAAGAUGAAGCAGAAAAGAAGGAUCUAAAGAGUGUUUUCUUUAACUUUAUCCGGAAUUUACUUGGUGAGACCAUUUUCAAGAGUGACCGUAGCUCUGAACCCAAGGUACCAGAACAGCCAGUUAAGGAAGAAUAUAACUACCAGUGUGAAAGACCUGUAACCCCUUCUUCCAUCAAAUUAAGUGAAGGUGAUGAGGCUGGUGGUACUUUUGCUGGGCUGACCAAGAUGGUUGUUAACCAACUAGAUGGCCACAUGAAUGGGCAGAUGGUAGAAUAUCUGAUGGAUUCAGUGAUGAAGUUAUGUCUCAUUAUUGCCAAGUCCUGUGACUCUCCCUUGGCAGAGCUGGGAGAUGAUAAGUCUGGGGAUGCAAGCAGGCCAACUUCAGCCUUCCCAGAUAAUUUAUAUGAGUGUUUACCAGUCAAGGGCACAGGGACAGCAGAGGCUGUCCUGCAGAAUGCCUAUCAAGCUAUCCAUAAUGAAUUGAGAGGUAUAUCAGGACAGCCCCCUGAAGGGUAUGCAGCACCCAAAGUGAUUGUCAGCAAUCAUAACCUAACUGACACAGUUCAGAACAAGCAACUCCAAGCCGUACUUCAGUGGGUAGCCGCCUCUGAACUCAAUGUCCCUAUUUUGUACUUUGCUGGUGAUGAUGAAGGAAUCCAGGAGAAGCUACUUCAGCUCUCGGCUGCUGCUGUGGACAAAGGACGUAGUGUAGGUGAGGUCCUGCAGUCGGUGCUGCGCUACGAGAAGGAGCGACAGCUGGACGAGGCGGUGGGAAAUGUUACACGGCUGCAGCUGCUGGACUGGCUGAUGGUGAACCUGUGAUAGGCGCCCACCCACUGCUUUCCCUUCUCCCCAUCCCUUCUUACUUCCACAGCUCUCCUCUCCAUAUCCUUACAGAGCCCUAUCAUACCACUCACAUCAAAGACAUGUCAUCUUAUGCUAGUCACUGGAUUUUGCAGAUUUUCCCGUCCAUGCAAGCAAGGACACAAAAUUAAAAAGAUUACAAUGAAAGGACUCCAGGUGUUUGGUUUCCUUGGGAUCCAAUGGACAAUAAGGUCAAGAAAUUUCAGGAAUUAAAAAAUAAUCAGAUGGAUAACAAGAAGAAAAAUAGUGCUGGACUGAGAGGCCUGCUAAGGUGUUUCUAUGUAUCCUGUCUGUGCUACAACUUGCAGAUCUCUGGCCUUAAAAUGUUCCCUAAGAAUAAGACUAUUUAGCCUUUAUAAUCAUGCAAAUCACAAAGUAUCUUCUAUUCAACCUGAAUCAUUCUCAUUAUGAUAUGGAGGACUUGGCUUCUUCUCCUAUCUCUGUAGAACAAUGGUCUUCCUCAAUUUUAUUCAUAGUUGGUGUCAAAAAAGGUCCAGAAGACCUGAGUUCUAUUGCCAUGUCUAUACUUUUCUGGCUAUAGGACCUGGGACAAGUCACCUGUUAGGACAUUUCUCCCACCUAAGGCAUUUUCUGUUCUUACCCUCAACUUUCUGUGAAAUUUUAUAUUUUUGAUCUUGCUAGAAACUGUCUCCUUUGGUUCCUAAUUUCUGUAUUAAUUCCACCUCUUGGGGGCUCUACUCAAUUCUGUCAACCCCUGGAAUAUUUAUCUUUCCUAUUUCCUUUUGACCCUCUGCUAUUCUCAUUCUGUUUCACCUUUCCUGGGUAAAAGGUGUCUCCCUUCAUGGAAUAUGACACAGUGAUUAAAAGGAAAACUAUAAAGUCAGGUAUAUUUUCUAUGUUGUUUAUGAGGUUAUGAUAUUAAGUUUCUUGUAAAAUUGUAUCUGUUCUAUAAUUACAAUCAUAUAGAGAUUAUGUAUUCAUGUAGAUAAGGACUAGUAAACCAAAAGAACCUGAUUAGAUUUUGAGGAUGCUGGAUGAAUGAACAUAUCCUGUUAUUUACUCGACUUCCCUUCCUUUGGGAAAUAUUCUGUCCCCUACUCCACAGUCCAAGAGAGGCAUCAGUCAUGGUGCUACCACCAUCACAGUAUAGGCUUGUGACCCAGGCUGGCCAACCACAGGAUCCCAAUAUCUCAGACAUAGUGCUUGGUUCAAAUCCAAUAAUUUCUGAGAUUUUCCUGCCAGCACUGCAUCUUUUUACUGGAUAAUGGUGGUUACUUUAACAUCUUGGCAGAGCUUGUCUUUAGAAUGAAAACCACAAAAAGAAGCAAAACUAAUAGGUGAUGAGGGAGUCUGAGCCCUAUGACCUUGUCUGAACUUUUAGAUUCUGCUGUGCCUGAAACUACAGUUACUUACACCUCCUGAUUCCCCAAUUACAUAAGCCAAUAGAUGUCCUUUGUUGCUUAAACUAGUUAAUAGCUGAAUUCAAACUAGUUUUUCAUCUUCAUUUUCAAAUAAGAGUCCUAACAGGUUAGCUGUCUUGUGGGGAAAAGAAAAAAAAAUUCUUUUAUUUAGAGUUCUAUUAGUGAUACUAUACCAUUGAAUACUUACCCCCCACCCCCACCCCACACAUACAUUGUUUUAUCUGAUUGAGGGCAUAAGAAGGGAGUGUAGGUGCAAGGACAUUCUCCCGCAUCUCUCAUAAUAGGAAUCAUGCUUAACUAGCCAUAUGAAUAAAGUUUUUUUUAAAAAAAAACCUUUAUGCAUUAAAAAACAACAAUCUCUGUAAUAUUGUACAAUAUAAGUGCUGUCUCUAAUAAAAAUCCUUGGUGGAAAGGAACAGGACACACCUUCAGCAAAGGUCAUACAAUAGGUGGUAAAAUAUUCAUGUUUUUGGAUGAGGAGUUUUUACUUCGAUGCCCU